UAGAAUUAGUUUCUGUUGCUGGAGCUGGGACGUUAAUGAAGUUAACUGUCCAGAUUACUUACAUUGUUAUAACCACUUUAAAUUUGGAUAGGACCAAACAAAUACAGUCAUCACCGGUGGGGGGAGGCUGGCACCGCCAUGCCCGGCGACAGCGACGCGAUCCUGCCGCCCGAGGAGCGGGUGCGCGCACUCAUCCAGAAAGGCAGCGCGGUCGACGUCAAUGAAGAUGUGCCCCCGCGCCGGUACUUCCGCUCGGGCACGGAGAUGCUGCGCAUGGCGAGCAUCUAUGCCCAGGAGGGCAACAGGGAGCCCGCCUUCAUCCUCUACAACAAGUGCAUCACGCUGUUCAUCGAGAAGCUCCCAAAACACAGGGAUUACAAGCUGGCCAAUGUGGUGGAAAAGAGAGAGAUGAUGAGGAGGCUGAAGGAGGUGGCCUUCCCCAAGGCAGAGGAGCUGAAGAAGCAGCUGCUCAAGCAAUAUGAGAAGGAGUACACUGCUUAUCAGAGCAAGAAGAAAGCGGAGGAGGAGGCGCAGCAGCAGGAGUGGACUCGGCAGCGGGAGCUGGAGGUGGAGCGGCAGCGCGUGGCCGUCAUGAUGCAGAGGCAGCGGGAGCAGGAGGAGUUCAGCGCGUUCGAGGAGAUGAUCCGCCGGCAGGACCUGGAGAAGGAGCGGCAGCGAAUCACGCGGGAGUACGGCUCCCCGGCCGCGCCCCCUCUGUCCCACGACACCCCCCUGCUGCCGGGCCUGCAGGGCCCGCCGCUGCCCCACUCCGCCCCCGCCGCACCCUCCGCCCCCCACGCGGCGCCCCCCACCGUCGACCGCUCCCUCAAACCCGCGGCUCUCAGCCCAGGCAGCAGUGUAGCAGCGGACGGGCUAAGGCAGCUGGCUGUGCCCUCUGAGCUGUGCCAGAGGUUCCUGAAGCUGGCAGAUGGCAACACGGCUCGGGCGGUGGAGACCUGCGGCAUCCUGUGUGGCAAACUGACCCGGAACGCCUUCACUGUGACUCACGUCAUCGUGCCGAAGCAGAGCGGAGGGCCAGACUACUGCGACACGGAGAACGAGGAGGAGCUGUUCCUGAUCCAGGAUCAGUACGACCUCAUCACCCUGGGCUGGAUCCAUACGCAUCCCACUCAGACGGCCUUCCUGUCCAGCGUUGACCUGCACACUCACUGCUCCUACCAGAUCAUGCUCCCCGAGGCCAUCGCCAUCGUCUGCUCCCCCAAGUUUAACGAGACUGGCUACUUCAGGCUGACAGAUUAUGGGAUGGAUGAGAUCUCCUCCUGCAAAGAGAAGGGCUUCCACCCCCACCCCAAGGAGCCCCCUCUCUUCACUGCUGGGGGACACGUCACCAUCACAGAUGGGGGGGUGACAGUGCUGGACCUCCGGUGACCCCACAAGAGCCACCAGCCUCACUAUGAAUAGAGGGACUUAGAAACGGCCGGUAAUAUUGGUGGAGGUGUCAUUUUUUUAUCCAAUAAACACUUUCUGGGCUGUGGUUACGUGGAGCUGGCUUUUACAGGACGAGAAGGAGACGGGAUCCGGGGGUCUGCCAGCGUUACCACUCCUGCCUGACUGAAAUACGGUAGCAUGGCUUGCGCCCUCUCUUGGUCCACAGUGGAACUGCGCCACAGGAGAUAAAUACAAAACUACAACUCCUAUCAGCCCCCGAGGAGCUCUGCUGAGCUCUGUGUGUUGAACAUCGAUAUAUAGUGAGAAUGUGAAGCUGAAGAUAACUUUGCACAGUAAUAUAACACUAAUGUCGAACCCCCUCUGGAGAAAGCGCAGUCAGUUCCCUCUGGGAGAGAAGGGUGGAUGGAGUUCUUCAGGGCCCUGCAGUGCUUCUCACCUGUCAGACAGUGCAUCUCAGGAGACGUGUCUCUGAAUGUUCCUCCUGCCCAUCGAAAAACUGACUCUGCUUUGAAUUUUUAAAUUUUCAAUCCAUCCUGACAAAAUCUUUGACUUGACAACAACAAAAGCACUGACAAUUUUUACCGUUGGAAAAAUGUUAGAAAUGCACUGUUCUACUUUACAAUCACAUGGCGUUUAAAAAUGAUUGUGUUGUUGACUGAUUAUCCAUUCUUAAUGCAAAGAGGUGUCUGUUCAAUCUAACCACAGUGGGUUUUCAGUGCUGCGCCUGAGCACUGCGCAUUUGGCAGUGCCUGAAAUGAAGGACUAGAAAAAAUCUGAUACUUUUCAGAGUCCAUUCCUGGAAUUGAAGGACAGGUGGCCUAGCGGUUAGUUUGAAUAGCAGCCAUAGGCUUUAUCAGAAACUGUAGCUGUGUGUUCAGUAACAGUGAUGUGCCUUACACCCCCCCC